UCGGAUUUGCAACAUCAGUUCUUCACCAUCAUGUCUCCUCUUCGGUCACUACCCAUCCUCGUGGUUUUCAUUACCAUCGCUCGAGGUGAAAAAAUAAGUGACAAAAGUGAACAUAAGAAGUCGAUAUCCAGGGAUUGCGCCAAUUCGUACACCACAACGUGUCUCAAACUCGAUAUUGUCUCAUGGGUGGACAAGCUCAACGAGCAGGACGACUACAGCGUCCUCCCUGGCGUCUCCGUCAUCCGCGAGAACCCCAACGGCACCAACCCCAACACCGCCGACAUCGUCGCCGAACUCGCCCGUGACUUCCCCAACGACCCCGACGCCCGUCUCGACGCCUUCCUCAUGAAAAAACUCACCGGCUACUUAAACUCGCACUCGGUGCGUCUCAACCUCUUCGACGGUAAGUCGGAGGUCACCGCUCGAGGAGGCGGUGGUGGCGGCGGCGGCGGAGGCGGCAAAAAGGGCGGCGGCGGCGGUAUGGGGGCCAUUCUCGCCGCCGGUGCCAUGAUGAAAGGAACUCUGUUUGCCCUGGCGUUGGGAGGGCUGGCGGCGCUCGCAGGCAAAGCCUUGAUGACGGCCUUGAUCUCAUUGGUGUUGUCCGCGGUUAUCGGACUCAAAUCGCUGACUCAUGGAGGAGGCAAAUCGACAACUUACGAGGUUAUAGCCAAACCGAUUUACACGCAUGCCAACACGCAUUCGGUCUCGCACGAGGAGCAUGGUGGAGGAGGGCAUUAUGGGCACUCGGGGUACGGGAGGAGUCUAGACAUGCCGCUGCCUUUGGGGUUACAACCGGGUUAUAAGCCCCAAUAAGUCCACUAACCGAUUUUUAUUUAUGCUAUUUAUGAUGUUGGUUCGACUUUUUAUUUAUUUCGUUUCCUCGUGAUUAUUUAUUUGUCUUUGUGUAAAUAAAUAAACUUUAAUUCUCAUUUAA